AAGACACCACCAUCUCUUAAUUUUCUCUCUUUAGUCUCUCUUUGACCAAGACUUUUUAUCUUUCUUUGAUAAGAAACCACCUGUCUUAUUACUAGAUUUCAUCGAUCAUCCACUGCAAUGGCAGAGGCUACAACAAUGGUGUUGAAAGUAGACCUCCAGUGCUACCGCUGCUAUAAGAAGGUCAAGAAAGUGCUCUGUAAAUUUCCAGAAAUAAGAGAUCAGAAAUACGAUGAGAAGGCAAACACUGUGACGAUCAGUGUGGUAUCUAGCAAUCCUGAGUCUAUCAGGAGCAAGAUAUGCGACAAGGCCGGUUGUUGCAUUAAAAGCAUUGAGAUUAAACCUAAAGAUAAACCUGGUACUGAUAAGGAUACAAAAACUACAGAGAAAGAUAAAUCUGACAAGGAUAAAACUAAAGAGCCUGAGAAGAAAGAAUACCAAACGAUUAACAUAGUAGGGAUAUUUUGUAAGGAAUGCCAUAUGUGGCAUCGAGAAGGGCCGUGCGAGAAGAGUAAAGGUGUUCCAUUCAAACUCGCAUGCAAUGAGAAUUGUGGGAAAAGAGUUUGGUGUGGUGGGUGUGGCGGUAGUGGGUGCAAAAGCUGCUCAGGUCAUGGGUGGAUCAGCUGGUAUUGUAGCAAUUGUAGCAGCAAGCUUUGUAAAGGGUGUGGCAGCUCUUCCUGUAGCGGAUGCAACGGCUUGUCUUGGUCUUGUAGUGGGUACAGCAACUGGCACUGUCAAGGUUGCGGCAGCUCUUCUUGCAACGGCCGAUCUUGCGGUGGGUACAACAACUGGGCGUGUAAAGGGUGCGGCAGCUCAUCCUUUGGCGGGUGCAACGGCGGGUCAUGCAAGCGGUGCGGUAACUUUUCCUGCAGUGGUUGUAGUGGAUGUUCUUGCGGUAGGUGCACAAGCUGUUCUCUAAGCCGUUGUCACUACGAAGAAAGAUCAAGUUGUAUAAUAAUGUAAGAUGCUACUGCCUGCAACAAGACGAAGAAGAAGAAGAAGAUUGUUUGAAGUUUCCUUUUUGCAUGUGUU